AUUUUCCAAUUUUCCUCAACAACUUCAGUCAGGUUAAAGUGUCAAAGUCUUGCCAAGCCCUAAUUUCUCCUCACAUUGAAUUGAUGGCGCGAUCUUCCCACUGGCUCUCCAUGGUCUUCCCACGCUCUCCAUGUCGUCGUCUCGGAGGCGCCGAACAAGUAGUUUGUGUUACCAGAGCUUCCGGCUACAUCGCUUCCUGGCUCGUCAAGUUUCUUCUCGAACGCGGUUACAUCGUCAAGGCUACCGUUCGCGACACAAAUGAUCCCGAAAAGGUAUAUCUCUUGCUCAGUCUUGAUGGUGCGAAGGAGACAUUGCAUCUCGUCAAGGCGAAUCUUCUAGAAGAAGGUUCCUUUGACUCUGUCGUUGAAGGUUGUCACGCUGUGUUUCACGCUGCUUCUCCCUUUCUCAACGAUGCCAAAGAUUCGCAGCAUGCCAUAGCUUAUAUGGAGGGGGAUAAGUAUUAUGGAGCAAAGGCAACCAUAAACGUUUGGAACCUAAAAGUUCAACAACCCAAUGAAUUUAGCCUGUCUCAAAUGUGGAUUCUGGCUGGCUCUUUUGGUAAAGAUCUCAACAACAUUGAAGCAGGUUGGCAGGUCAGCCGUCAAUUGUAUGGAGACAACAACACUAGACUCCGUCAAUUGUAUGGAGACAACAACACUAGACUCUUCACUUAUUGGACUAGUGAUGCAUAUAAAGCUAUUGAUUAUUAUAAUCUCCUUUGCUCUGGCUUUAUUCAAAUUAACAGUGAUAUAGCUCUAGGAGCAAGCAUCUCCCUUCUUUCCAAGUAUAGCUCUUCCCAAUAUCAUAUCGGCAUCCUAGUCUGGAAGGAGCUUGGAGAACAAUCUGUACAUUGAAGUUUGCAUAAAGGGUAUCCAUGUUGAACUUGUUGCUGCUCGAGUUAACAAAGAUAGUUCAGAGGUCAAAGAGCUUAAAGAACAGGCUAUUUAUUAUCUUGAGAAGGGGGAGUCUGCUUUUGUUGUUGCUCACACAUCAGUUGGAAAAACUGUAGUUGUCGAAUAUGCAUUUGCUUUAGCAUCAAAAUGUACACAUGGCCUUGGAAAUUAAGUUGGAGGGCAGUAGGUAAAUGGCUUGUCAUAUUAUGCUGGUUGAUAACAAUGGUAUGCUGGCUACUCUAUGGGUUUUGCUUUUAUGCAACCCUAUGACGAUUGAUUAAAAUAUAUUGCUGGAGGAUCCUGAGGCAUAUAAAGCUACAUGGAAUCUUUUAAAGGGUGUUGAUGGUGUUCUAGUUCCAAGAGGUUUUGGUGAUAAAGGAGUGCAAGGGAAAAUUCUUGCGGCUAAGUAUGCUCAAGAACAUAAUGUUCCAUUUUUGGACAUUUGCUUGGGGAUGCAAAUUGUUGUCAUUGAGUAGAGAUUUGUUCUUGGGUAGACGAUGUGAAUCAAUAGUGUAUCAUUGCUGAAUCAUUUAAAUUUGCAUAAUAUAAAUGGUGUAUUAAAUAUUAGACUAUUUGAAAUGAAUUUUAUUUUGUUAAUUUCA